AUGCCGAUGCUAGCAUGAGAAAUGUAACGCUACAAGAAUAUUGUUGGUUCUGGUAGACUCUUCCAGGUUUCGAUGACAAUAAGUAGGAAUUAUUUGGUAAAGGCAUUGCUUUCUUUAUAAAGACAUCGAAGGUAUAUGCAUUUUAAUAUGUGAUGAGAUCUCGUAGGCGGAAUUGGUAUUGACUAUUGAGCGAUGCAGGUAAGGAAUAUUACGAUAUAAUUGAACAGUUACAAGACGUUUUGUCUGAAAGCUGGAUGCUCAGCUGAAGUUGAUUGGUUCAGGAAAAGAAGAAGGAAUGACAGGAGGUCACAUAUACAGACAGGUACGAUUCGCAUGGAGAAUAGUUGGGCAGCUAACAUCGCGUUGCUUUAACCAGAAGCACACCAAAAUGCAGAUUACUCUGCAAGAAAAGAUUACCUUCGUAACCUGUACACUGCUCGUUACGACUACAGUAAUCCCUCAUUAUAAUGAAAUUGCUUUACAUGAAAUUUCGCUUAAUUCAAAAUUUACCGGUCCCAACUCAAACGCAUGCAUUUUAAGCCGCAUUAUUCGAAGUGCACGAAUACUUCAACCUGCUUAGAGCGAAGUGGCGAGCAGAGGCAUCUCUGCUACCGAGCGGCGGCAACCCUUUUGCGCGUGCAGUGUCAAAUUAAUACCACCGACGAAUUAGUCUCAUGCCAGCACAGAACAGGCCACAAAAGUACCAAACCCACCGCUGACGACCACUUCGUAACAGGUACCAAGUGGGUGGCGAGGGUUCCCAGCUGUUGACUGCGGAGCAAACGGAAGCUUUCAAAUUCCAUGGUGCAGCGCGCUUGAACUGUUAAUUUCGGUUGCAGUCGCAUCGCUGGUGUCCCCCGUUAUAUAAUCCACAGAAAAAUUAAGUUUUCCUGACACUUUGUGAUGCCAGAAAACCGCGGCCUCUUGGAUGCGGAAAAGUGGCCAAGAGACUGUGGGCAGACUUUCGCUAUUGCAUUCCAUGGGGUGUGUUUGAUCAGCAAAGUUUUACUGCUCUGAAAAGCACUUCUGGCACUGAAACGUGCCGAAAAGCACAAAAGAAGUGUCCUUCCGAUUAUAAGUGCCGUGUUCAACGCAAGGAACUAUGUUAACCAAUUGGUAAGCGGACUUUGGGGAAGCUGGUCCAGAAAUUUGCUUGCUUCUCGCCAUAAUCAGCCUGCAUCUAAAUAAAACACUGCCCGUAGCUUCUUUGCACUUUUUAUUGUGCAAAUCGACUGGUAACUUGCUGAAAAUUUGAAAAAUCGAAGCGUCGCCAGCACGCUCGUGUUUCCCUGGUGAUUUUCUCGAGCCGGUCAUGCUCGAUUCGCGCCAUCUGACAUUAGACAACCAGUCUAAAUACGUGGUAGGGUCAUUGAGUUUUUUUCCUACAUAUUUGUCAAUGGCGCAGAUGCGACGGUGCGUGAACACCAACACUUGAACCGUAGAAUUAGCUCAGUGGCGUCAACAAUGCUGCACUAAAGAACUCUCGUUUUGCAAACUUCAUGGCUGCACACCCCAAGAAAAGAUUGCCCAGUGAUCAUGCAAAGCCGUUCAGUUUUCACGAUCGUGCUGUGUACCCACAAUGAGCGGCUAAUUGUUUUUUGAGCAGAACAAACAACCUCAGACUCAAGCCAUGGCAUUUGGAGCACUUUCCAGCACGAUACUCUUGUGGUCUUUCGUGACCGCCGCACCCCGCCCCCCCCUAUAAAUGCGACCACUGCCUUCCCCUCCUUAUUCGCUCUCCAAUAUGCAAGCCGUUUGGAUGCCAGUCACUCCUCUUGCGUUCAUGUCAACUCCUCGUCUCCUCGCUGCCAGUUUUGAUGUCACUGCUCCUCCAAAGCUGCCCUCUUCUGGCCUGCCCUCCUGAGCAACAGUUGCCCUCCCGUGGUUCCUGCUUCUUGGUCUCCAGAACUCCGAUCGCCUUUCUUUUACUACAUGUGAAGCCCGCCAUUGCAACCGUUGCCAUCACCAGCGCGCACUGACGAGGAAAGCGAGAUGCCCUGACGACAUUUUGAAGCUUCUGCCUUCUGCAUCACCCGGCGCAUUCAGUCACUUUGGCACCAACGGCGCAUGCGUUUGGAUCCGUGCUGCAGGCCAUGUGACUGUGUGUUAAUCAGAGUGCUUCGUUAGGUGUUCCCUGCGUGUGCUUUUGUGGUCUACACUGAUAAAUGGCUCCGUCCGUCUCCAGGCCAAAGUGUCUGACUUUGGAGCAGAAAGUUGUGCUGAUAAAAGAAGUGGAAAAAGCUGUCCGGCAGAAAACUUACAUCGCGAAGGAAUUCGGCAUACCACUGUCUACUUUAUCAACUGCAUUGAAAAACAAGGAAGCUGUGCUGGAUGGCUUUGAAAAGAGCUUCUCAGUGAAGAGAAAGAGGAAUUGUGAUUCAAUAUACCCCGAAGUGGAAGGUGCACUUCUACAGUGGCUGAAGAACGCCAGGAGUGCAAAUCUCCCCGUACAUGGACCUGCAAGCUCUCACUCUCCAAAUGGGCUAUAAAGAUUUCAAGUGCAGCAAUGGCUGGCUUGAGUGGUUCAAAAAAUGACAUGGCGCGACUUCGAAGUCGAUCGUUGGCGAAAGCGCAGUCGUGAAUCGUGACACUGUAGACGUAUAGCGUCAGCAUCGGCUCCAAGCUGUACUUGAAAAGUAUGAAGACAAAGACAUCUACAACGUAGAUGAGGCUGCAUUUUUCUACAAUAUGCUACCGAAUCGCACGUUCACUACCGCUGGCGAAUCCUUAUCUGGAGGAAAACAGAACGAGGAGCAUGUUAUGGUGCUGUUUGGUGCCAAUGCAACAGGCGAGGACAAGCUUCCCUUGUUGAUACUGGGGAAGGCGGCGAAGCUGCGGUGCUUUGGAAAUGCAACGGUUCUCAUUGAGUGCAUCUACAGAAGUAACAAACGAGCAUGGAUGACUGCUGCUAUUUUCGAAGACUAUGUGCGCCUUCUGGAUAGACAGUUUGACGCAAAGAAUCGGCAAGUGCUCUUUAUAAUUUACAAUUGUCUGAGCCACGGGAAGAUCGACAACCUCAAGGCGGUCGCUGUGGAAUUUUUGCCUGCACACACAACUGCGGUACUGCAACUGAUGGAUAAGGGCAUCAUUGAGACCACCCGGAAGCUGUACCGCAAUGCUCUUUUGCAUUGCGGUAUGACACCAGCAAGAGGUACAACAUUGAUUUGCUUGGUGCGAUCCAUUUGCUGAACUUUCCAUGGAAAAAACUCGCACCUUCAAAAGUCACCAACUGCUUUGCGCACGCUGGCUUUUCCUGUGCUGUUGUCAGUGGUGAUGAUGAUGACCAGGCUUGAAGAGAUCUGUACAAUGCUGUUCUUGAAAUUGCUGGCCAAAAGGUAGAAGGUGAGUUUAACACAUUCGUGUUGGCUGACACUGCUGCUCCCGUGGUCACCCCAGCGAUGGAUGCAGAGAUACGAAUUGACACUGUUGGUUGCCCCGACGAGGACGAAGAGCCAGUGGACGAAAAGCCAUGUGAAGUGCCAACUAUGGUGCAGAAGCGGGAGUACCUGUGCCUGCUACAAAAUAAGGUUGAAUUCAUGGGUGGUGACCACAGCCCCGUGCAAUGCUUGGUCAAAUCAGAUCAGGAGUUGCUUGUGCCCGGUGAGAACUUGAGAAACAGCCAAAGCUCACUGCCUUUUUUGCACCUCAAUAAAGUUUUGCUUCACUGAACCCAUUCCUAUUUUGACUUCCUCGCAGUUAUGGCGCAAUUAAAGGUCGACUGCUUUAGCUUUUGUCAAGUGGGCACUUAUAUCGAAUUGCCGCUUUUAAUGCAUUUUUUUGCCAUCCAGCUGACUUAUUUAUAACGAGGGAUUACUGCACAUGAAAGCCAUGGACAAUAAAGACAUGAAAAGCAUAGUGGAAAUUAGAAGUGCUUUAUAAUUUUAGUGUAGAAAUAAUGAGGAAAAGGAAUAUGAUAGUGGAUGAAAAGACAAAUUACAGUUGGUGAGAGCUGAACCCAUUGUCACAUUACGCACGCAGUGCUCCACCAAUUGAGCUAUGACAACAGGUCUCUUCCAAUCCACCCUAUCGUGUGUUUUAGAUCUAGCACUAGGAGUGUAAGAGAACGCCACUCAAAGGCAUGGCAGUGGAUGUGGAACAUCCUUUCACUUGCAGGCGUCGUGUAGCAUCAAUAUUCGAGAAGCUGGCAGCUGACUACUGAAACCUUUUGUGCAUCCUCAUGGCAUAAAUGGUACCAUAUUCGAGACUCUCAUUAUGCAUUGAGUGAGAACAUGAAGAUCUGAAGGGCUUGAUUUUUUAAUUUACUGUAACAAAGCCAACAGAAGACUUAUAGAAGUACACCGAAAGGCGAAAGAAAGAAAUGUGAAUUAAUUGGUCUUUUCUUUACGACAUUUAGACUGGCCACCAGCUUCAACGCAGAUGCCCCGGCUGUCUAUGAGAGGCGGUGCGGAGUUGACAGUGGGGGCCUCGCGUCGCUUAAGCCCAUACGCAUCGAAGUGGCGAAGCAACCUGGUGCUUCAUGAGCGGGUGCACUCAGAUUGGCCAGCAGCUUCAACGCAGAUGCCUCGGCUGUCCGUGGGAGGUGGUGCGGAGUUGCCAGCAGGGGCGUCGCGGUACCAGUGUCGCUUAUGCCCGUAUGCAUCGAAGUGGCGAAGCAGCCUGGUGGUGCACGAGCGGGUGCACACGGGCGAGCGACCCUUUCGGUGCCACCUCUGCAGCCGUGCGUUUGCAGGCCGCACAGACAUGGUGCGCCACCUGCGCACGCACACCGGCGAGCGACCCUUCCAGUGCCCGCUGUGCCCAGCCACUUUCUCACAGCGCGGUAAUGCCCGUGUCCACCUCCGCUUGCAUGGCCGGUCAACACCAGUGGCACGACGCAACAGGCUUGCCCACUCUGCCUUUGACCGCACUAGGCAUUCGUCCCCACACGUAGUUGGCCCACCGGCUUCAACCCAGAUGCCUCGACUGACCGUGGGAGGUGGUGGCGCGGGGUCGUCAGCGAGGGCCUUGCGGCACCAGUGCCGCUUGUGCCCGUACGAGUCGAGGUGGCGAAGCAGCCUGGUGCAGCACGAGCGGGUGCACACGGGCGAGCGGCCGUUCCGGUGCCACCUCUGCAACCGCGGGUUCGUGCAUCGCUCGCACGUGGUGCGCCACCUGCGGACGCACACCGGCGAGCGACCCUUCCGGUGCCCGCUGUGCCCGGCCACGUUCGCCCAGCGCAGCAACGUCAAGGUGCACCUGCGCUCGCACGUCCCCCAGGAUAGCGGCAACCACUGCGCACAGGGCGCCAAGAUCAGCCGUGUGAUGCAGCAGGCAGCCGAACAUGUCUCUACAUCGAGAUGAGCGGGCACCUGCGCUCCAUCCUGUGACUGCACGAGGCGUUCACACUGUAAUCUCCAUAUGCGCCUUUGGCAGGGCACAUGGUCUUGAGGAAAGACUACUAGUGUAAGAGCGCAAAGUUCUGUAAUAAGUUUGCCAGACAAGAAUCUACGCUGAGAUGAAUUAGUUACCUUGGGGGUGAAGGGCCAAGGGGAGUGGGUGAGGAGGUCUCAUGCCUUCUGUUCGCAUAUGUACGGGAAACUGAAGUCAUUAUCAUGUAUCGAACUCUGCAACAGCGAGAGAGAUAGAUGCACUGAGGGAGAAAUUGCCAAAUUGGACGGCCAGAUUGCUGUGGCAAACACUUUGAUUAACCAACCAACAUUCGAACUUUAAUGCAGUUGCCUUCCGUUAAUUCGAUCCUGACCGCAUCGACGAAACUGGUCGAAUUUUCGGCAGGUCGAACUAAACAAAAUGGCAGAAAACAUGCCGAUAUACACCGUUGAUUCACUUGGCGGUAUUGCUUUAUAAGUUAGCUUCGCCGCUAUGCAGCAGUGUUCUGAUGUGAAGCGUACUAAGCGGGAAAGGGUGUCGCAUUUACGUGACAUAGCACGUGCUCCUAAUGGUGGAUGUUAUGAAUGCCCCCUUUGGGACGGGGCGGUGGGUUUCGCCACCAAGCUCUUGCUAAUAUACUGCCCAAUGACCUACCUAGGUUAAACAAUAAAAAAGAAAAAAACACGAACUCCCACAACCACUUUACACACGCACAUGCGCCGCCUGCGGUCACAGUACGAACACCGAGACGUCUAAUGAGGUUGCUGGCAGGCCUUGGGCCCCAGCUCUUUUGUUGGCUUUAAACGUACUUUGGACUUUCCGACUUCUUUAUUUUUUUUUUGAUGUUAUUUUUUCAUUUUACCGCCUUCCUUUUCGCUAGCUUUCUGCAAACACAGGUGGUUUUUAUCCGCUUCUGGGUGCACGGCGUGUGCGUUUAUUUAAGGAACGCGUACUAGGCCCCGUUGGCUGUCUCGGAUACGGGGCAAGCUUGGCGGGCGUAACGAGGGCUCAAAUCGCCACAGCAACGUCAGAAACCGCUCUGAAUGGCUACCCAAUGUAUGCUUAUUAGGCGCCCAGGUGCUUUUACUGUGAUCGGAGGCAGCGGGUGCGUGCCUGUUUGUUUAAGAAAUGUGUACUAUAUAAUGUGGCGUUUUUAGUAUGCCUCACCGCAAUAAAUUGCUUAUGCUUCACCGUUUAACAUAUCUGUAUUGCGGGGAAGCUUGCGAACCAAGCUUUAAUUAUUCGGUGAAGGCCAAUUUUGAGAUUGAAAUAAUGGAGGUUUAGGCCAAUGGAAAUUGAUGGCCGUCGGCCAGAGCCAUCAAUCAGAAUAGAAUUACCCGAAAAAUUGAUUUACUUGGAUUCAAAUUAACAGAAGUCUAGUGUAUAAUGAAUGUGGAUAUAACAUUAUUGGAUAGAACAAAGCAAAUAGAAAAUGUUUCUUGCCGAUAACAGCAUGUAGUGAACGCAUGCUCAUUAUGAAUAUCGAAUGUAGCUAAAAAUAUUUUUAUGUUUGGCACCCUAUCAUUAUAACAACAUUUUACUUUACACAUAUUCAUUGUAAUCUUCAUGCUCAUGCCAUUAUUAACAGUUCAUCUCUCUCAAUUUUUGAGCAGUCAUAUUUUAUACCCCAUGAGGGCAAUGUCUCUCCCUAUAUGUGUAUACUGCUUGCUAUUUGUGGCAUUUAGAGCACAAUAUUGUUAAUGUAGAUUUCAUGGCGCUGUAUUUCAUUGAAUAUGAUACAUUCGUAAUCUCGCAAUACGAUUUGAAGGCAAAAGAAUGAAGUUUAGGCAAAUCCAUGUACUGUCCAUCAUUAGGCAGCUGGCUGGAUGGCCACGCUUGCAGCACCCAUAGAUAUCAAUGCCAGAUUUCCCCCUAGUGAGUUUUGUUGGAAACUCUACGAUGUAAGGGAAGUUGUAGUGAACAUUCGGCAUUACGUCAGUGUGGCAUAACAGCUGAAUGUGCCGGGUCUUGAGCUGUGAGGACUGUCGGUUAUUUGGCGUGAAAUGUCCAAUGGCAUUGGACCUGUUGUCAUUACCAGUUAUGUUUCUUUUUCCUUUUUUGCUGUCCUGCUGCAGCAUAUCAAGAUGUUAAAACAGAAGACUGCAGUCCUCUUGUUUAUUUAUUUAUUUAUUCAUACUGCCAAUCGCAUCAGGGAUCGUAACAGGAAGGGCAUACGUAGUUAUCUUGCAAUGUAACAAUAAUAAUUAGUGUAAUAUUAAGAUUACACAUAAUAGACAUGAAAUUAGCAAAGGCAAACAAUAUAGUAGGCAGAAAAAUAACGUAAUACAUUGUAAUAAUGUUACGAAAAAAGAGGUAAUCAAAAAGGUAGAAAAUUUACAAAGGUGAACAGAAUGGUAGGCAUAAAUUACACAAUAACACAUAGCAUUAAAUUUAAGAGUAACAAGGGGUAAUAAGUUAGUCUGUCAAAUACCAAUGGUGGUAGGCAAUAAUUACAACAGGAAAAGAAGUAAACAAUUUGCAUAAAUAAACAAUACUACUCAAUAAUGGCAAGUAAUACAAGUUAUAAAAGUGAGGUAUACACAAGAGGUAGUAAUCCAUAAGAUACGUUUAUGGUGUCGUUAAAGAAAUUGUGAUUAUGUACACAAUAUAAUGAAAUAGAAUGGCACAGAAAUAUAUGGUGACACAGGUACACCACUGUAACACAGGUACGUCAUAAAUGUGAAGCACGCAAUUCAUUUUCGGCUAAUGUCAAAAAGUAGUUAAGGAUGGGCUGUAUGUAAUACUAGGUAGGGUCCAGCUUAUUCCAUUCACGUGUCAUUAAAGGGAAAAACGAAUGCUUACGGCUUUCCGUAUGAAAUGGGUGUUCGUUUAAUGAUAGUGAAUGUUUAUGUCGGGUGAGUCGUGUUUGUGCUAUAGAUCAGUAUUUGGAACUGUCUAUUUUCAAUUCAUUAUGAAUAAGUUGAUACAUAAUUUUUAAUCGUGCAAGCUUGACUCGAUUUUGUAAGGUGAGUAUACCGGGCUCUUUUAGCAAUUCUGUGGGUGAGUCUGUUAACCUGUGUUUGUUGUAAAUAUAUCUUAGUGCCUUCCUUCGAAUGGCUUCUAGUUUGUUAACGAGUUCUUUGGUGAAAGGAAACCAAACAACGUAAGCAUAUUCUAAUACAGAUCUGACGAAUGUGUUAUAUGCUAGUAGUUUUGUGUUUGGGGGUGCUAGUUUAAGACGUGUGUUUAAAAAAACAACUUUUUUUGUGCGGUCGAGGUAACGUUGUUAACAUGGCGCUCCCACCUGAAAUCGCGUGUUAAUGUUAAGUCAAGGAACUUGUACGCCUUCACUUUGUUAAGUGUGGCGUUAUUUAUAGUGUAGUUAAAUUCUGAUGGGAGAUUUUUUCUGGUAAUUGAUAAAAUAGCUGAUUUUUAAAAUAUUUAAAGUCAUUUUCCAUUCGUUACACCAUUUGUAUACAACUGACAAAGCGUCGUUCAAGGCCACAUGGUCAUUAUAAGAACUGAUUACCCGAUACAGAACAGAAUCGUCAGCAAAAAGUCUAACAUUGGCUGGAAUGUUAGAAGACACAUCAUUAAUGUAUAUGAGAAAUAAAAAUGUUUAGGCGUUGCCUAGUAGAGGAGGAUUGGGAGCCAUUUGUAGUUUCACUUUAUUUCUUGUUCAGUACUGCAAUGAGACC